AUGCAGGCUUCGUUGGUAGCUGCGUAUGCAUCGGACUCGGAGGAGGAGGAGCCGCGCACGCAAGCUCCGGAGGAGGUGCCUUUAGCUGCUCAGCACAGUGCACCGUCUGUCUCUGGCAUAGCCAUGGGACUGCCUCCGCCCAAAGCACAGACCAAACCAGGCGCAAGAAAGCUGCAGAUCCGCGUCGAUGCAACCACCAUCACGGACGCGGACGCGGAGGAGGCGCAUCGUGCACCACCAAGAAAACAAGUCAAGUUAGAUUCAGCGCAAGAGUCUCAUUCGCUUUUUUCCGUGCUGCCUGCGCCGCAGGCGAAACUCGAAUCGACGCAAGUAAAAAUAAAUGCACAACAAGACAAAGAGCAGCGCGUCGAUAACGACAUGCGCCUCACCAUCCAUGACGAUAUAGACUCAAAGGACCAAAAAGGCAAUGCUGAUUUUCGUGCAAUGUUGGGCCUUGCGCCAAAACCCAAACUCGCUUCGAAUCACCCCAAACCUGUGAUCCUUAACGAAGCAACGCUGCAGUCAGAGGACGAUACCCUCCAAACCACGCAGUCUCCCAACUCGCAUCUGUAUACUCCUGUUUUGGGCAAGGAGGCUGUAAAUCCGAGUACGUCGAGCAGAUCGGUCAUGGCCAUGUCGGCUGCGCCAGAAGUGCACGCGAAAACAUCCGAGCCCGAGCCCGAGCCCGCGCAAGAGGACUGGGAAAAAUUAUACCCUGGGUGGCACCAAGACCCCGAUGGAGCAUGGUAUCCUGUCACACCAGAAGCACAUGCUCAGUAUGCGGCCUGGGCGCAGCAGACCGAGUUGGCAGCGUACGAGCAAGCGUUGGAACGCGCAGGCGCGCCACCGCCCGACACGCAAAUGGCGACGUUUGACGCUGCUGAAGCAUUGGAAGCCACGCCACGAUCUGAACAACUCGAUGCACCCAAAUCAAACAAGCCAAAGAUUGACUGGCAAGUCUCGCAGAAGCUACAGUCGGACAGGCUGACAAAUGUGCGCGCCAAGAACCGCGGCCAGCUUUCUUCGCUUCUCGCACAAGCACAAGAGAGUCGCGAAGCGCUCGAACAGCGAUGGGCGCAGGGAAAAGCGAAACGUCGUCAAGCGAGCCAGCGUUACGGAUUUUGA